AUGCGACCCAGUUCCAUCAAACGCUGUCUCGGAGUGGACCUCGCUCACCAGAUCCAAGAGUCUCGCGUUCUCCUCGUCGGCGCUGGCGGCAUCGGCUGUGAGCUCCUCAAAAACCUCGUGCUCACCGGCUUUGGAGACAUUCACAUCAUCGACCUCGACACAAUCGACCUAAGUAACCUCAAUCGCCAAUUUCUCUUCCGUCAUGAGCACAUCAAGAAACCCAAAGCCUUGGUUCGUCACCCUACCUCUCAGACACCCUUUCGCUCCCUUGCGAGAUCGCCCCUCUCCCCCGCGUCGUGCGCGCAAAACUUCUCUUGUCGAUACGAGCAUAUUCUGAUAAUUCAAAUAUGGAUACAGGUAGCGAAGGAGGUUGCGCAAAAGUUUCAGCCCAGUGCGAAGCUCGAAGCACACCACGCGAAUAUCAUGGACAGACAAUUCAACAUCGACUGGUUCAAGGGUUUCAAUGUCGUCUUCAAUGCGCUGGAUAACCUUGCUGCGCGGCGACAUGUCAAUCACAUGUGCCUUGCAGCUGGUGUCCCGCUGAUUGAAAGUGGAACCACGGGCUUCAACGGCCAGGUACAAGUGAUCAAAAAGGGAGAAACGGAAUGUUACGACUGCAAUGAGAAAGAAACCCCCAAAACUUUUCCUUUCUGCACAAUCCGCGGCAGCCCAACCCAACCAAUUCACUGCAUCGUUUGGGCCAAGAGCUGGCUGAUGCCCGAAUUGUUUGGCGAAAGCGAGGAAGACUCCGAUGUCAUAGAUAGUACAGAAAACGCAGAGAACGCCGAUGAGAUAGCGAGACUGAAGAAGGAAGCCUUGGAGCUCAAAAAGAUCCGUGAGUCUAUGGGAUCUGACAAGUUCUUCCACUUGGUCUUUGAAAAAGUAUUCAAACUUGAUCUCGAGCGGCUGCGUGGCAUGGAGGAUAUGUGGAAAGAGCGUCAGCCACCAGAUACUCUCGACUAUGACAAACUAGAGAGCGAAUCAGCACAACUAGAGCCAACAAUCUCAGAACUGAGCCAGAAGGAUUGGUCGGUUGAGGAGAACUUUGUUGUGUUCAAGGACAGUGUGGAUCGCUUGAGAAAGCGCCUGAUCGAGCUCCAGUCUAACUGGGACACAAGCAAAGGCACUCAGCCUAUCUUGUCAUUCGACAAGGACGAUGAGGAUACUUUGGAUUUCGUGACUGCUGCAGCGAAUCUGCGUUCCACAGCUUUUCACAUUGAGAGAAAGACCAAGUUCGAUACGAAACAGAUGGCCGGCAACAUCAUUCCCGCAAUUGCGACCACAAAUGCCAUGACGGCAGGGUUUUCCUCGAAAGAUCAGGCGCAAGAGCAAUUAAUCCCGAUUCUCUUGACCCCCCCAAACCCAGUUGCUCAGUAUGUUCUGCUGUGCACGGCAGAGUUGCUGCGCUCCGAACUUGAUUACGGGGAAGAAUUUUCAAUCCUGAACCACGGAAAGAACGGCCAAGGAGAAGUGGUUUAUGAUCCAGACCUUGAAGAUAACCUUUCCAAGAAGUUACGAGAUAUCACAAACAACCUCGAUUACAUCACAAUUGUGGACGAAGAUGAUGUGGACCAAGACCCGCGUGUCAAUCUUGAACUUUUUUUCGUUGAAAGAACGGAGGCUUCGCCCGAAGAAUCGAAACCAGUCACACUACAGCAAGGGUUGGAAAUUCCCCGAAAACCAAAGAAAGUCAUCACCCCCUCUUUUGAAGAUACCCCAACGACGAAUGGUACAAGCGGACCGGGAAAACGGAAAAGGGACGGAGAAGACGAAGAAAUGACCAAUGGCCAUGUUGCAAAGAAGGUUGCUGGUGAUCAGGCAAACGGUGAUGGUGAAGAGGUGAUUGUUCUAGAUGAAGAGGACGGGGACAGCACUAAGUCCGCCAUCAAUGUUGAGUACGCAGUUAUUAGCGUACUCGUUCUGUGCGAGGAAGACCGCCGCAUCCGCCACCUCUCGCGGAUCUCCGAAUCGAUGUAG